AGGAUGUUUGCCUGCAGGGAUCUGGCACAGAUUCCCCCAUUGGUAUUCCCGAUUCCUCCAUCAUGCAUCAGACUCGGGGUCCAAAUGGUUUGUGGGGGGCUGUAGUAGUUGGUAAGAGCCCUUGAAGCCUUUUGCCCUACAAAGGCUGGUGCUUCUCUCUCUUGAUGUCUCAACUUAUUUGUAAGUAGCAGAUCAGUCCAUCCAGAAACAAAACCACCUCUCCCGGGGGCGGGGUGUCCAAAUCUAUCCCAAAACUGAGCUAACCCCAUGUCUUCUGGCCAUUUCAGAGUCGAGCAUCCUGCCGGAGGCUACAAAAAGCUCUUUGAGACCGUGGAGGAGCUGUCCUCUCCAGUGACCGCCCACGUCACAGGCAGGAUCCCCACCUGGCUGCGAGGAAGUCUCCUGAGAUGUGGUCCCGGCUUGUUCGAGGUGGGUGCGGAGCCCUUCUAUCACCUUUUUGAUGGCCAGGCACUCCUUCACAAGUUCGACUUCAAGGAGGGGCAUGUUACCUAUCACCGAAGGUUUAUCAGGACUGAUACUUACGUGAGAGCAAUGACUGAGAAAAGGAUUGUGAUAACAGAAUUUGGCACCUCCGCCUACCCAGACCCAUGCAAGAACAUCUUUUCCAGGUUUUUUUCGUACUUCAAAGGUGUGGAGGUCACUGAUAAUGCCCUCGUUAACGUCUACCCCAUCGGUGAAGAUUACUAUGCCUGUACUGAGACCAACUUUAUAACCAAAAUUAACCCAGAUACACUAGAGACAAUUAAGCAGGUGGAUCUCUGUAAAUACGUGUCCAUCAAUGGGGCAACGGCUCAUCCCCACAUUGAAAAUGAUGGGACGGUUUACAACAUUGGCAAUUGCUUUGGAAAAAACUUUGCGCUCGCCUAUAACAUCAUACGGACUCCUCCGCUUCAAGCAGAUAAGGAAGACCCGAUGAACAAGUCAGAGGUGGUGGUGCAGUUCCCUUGCAGCGACAGGUUUAAGCCCUCUUAUGUUCACAGCUUUGGGCUGACCUCAAACUACAUAGUGUUUGUUGAAACACCGGUGAAAAUCAACCUCCUCAAGUUCCUCUCCUCCUGGAGCCUUUGGGGAGCUAACUAUAUGGACUGCUUCGAGUCCAACGAAACCAUGGGGGUCUGGCUUCACGUGGCAGAGAAAAAGAAAGGCAGGCUUCUCAACAUCAAAUACCGCACCUCGGCCUUCAACCUUUUCCAUCACAUUAACACCUACGAAGAUAAUGGAUUUCUGAUUGUCGACCUCUGCACCUGGAAGGGGUUCGAGUUUGUUUACAAUUACCUCUACUUAGCCAACUUACGAGCAAACUGGGAUGAAGUGAAGCGACAGGCAGAGAAGGCCCCACAGCCCGAAGCCCGCAGAUACGUGCUGCCCCUGAACAUCGACAAGUCUGACACAGGCAAGAACUUGGUCACCCUGCCAUACACGACAGCGACGGCGACCUUGUGCAGCGAUGAGACCAUCUGGCUGGAGCCAGAAGUUAUUUUCUCAGGGCCGCGCCACGCCUUCGAAUUUCCACGGAUCAAUUACAAGAAAUACAAUGGGAAACCUUACACGUAUACAUAUGGGCUGGGGCUGAAUCACUUUGUCCCAGACAAGCUUUGCAAGCUGAAUGUUAAAACAAAGGAGACCUGGGUGUGGCAGGAGCCAGAUUCGUACCCUUCGGAGCCAAUCUUCGUUUCCCAUCCAGAUGCCCUGGAGGAAGAUGACGGGGUUGUGCUGAGCAUCGUGGUCAGCCCAGGCGCAGGGCCAAAGCCUGCCUACCUCCUGAUCCUGAACGCCAAAGACAUGAGCGAGGUUGCCAGGGCUGAAGUGGAGGUGAACAUUCCUGUGACUUUCCACGGAAUCUUCAAAAGAGCGUGACCGCCGCCUGCAACACGUCGCAUUAGGGUUCUUCCAGCUCCACAAAGGUGUGGUCUCUGUUUACAAGCACUCAGAUGGCCUAAAUUCCUUCAACAUCGCUUUUUAUUUGUAAGGGUACUUAAUUAAGUAUUUCAGUUUUGCUGGUGAUUCUUCAAAAUACUUAACCAGGUAUUUUUCAGCUACACCCUUUGGCAUAAUUUCAAGAUGUACAGUGCUAAGAACUAUACAGAUGAAACAACACAAGUUUGGGGUGGUGGGGAGAGUGUUUUGGUUUUAGAAAAUAAACUUUGCAGCUGUGGCAGAGUCAAAGAUGCAUGAAAGGGCACAGUAUAAACUCAAUACCUGUACACAUGGUAGCAUUACAUGGAACAGUCUCUAUGUCCUCUCAUGUGCCUUGAGAAGAGGUGAUUUUUAGCCUGUACUGAAGUAUUAUGAAUUUAUAUAAUCUCCUUGGUCACUCCCUUAGUAUCCUUCGAGCAAUGCAGGUUGAGCCUUUCCAUAGCCGCUUUGGAAAUCCGAAGCGGCGUGCUGAGGGCUGUGUGGCAGGCAGCAUUUUGUACUUUAUUAUGGCUGAAAACUGUACACACUAGCUUAUGUGUUGUCUUUUGUCGAAGUGCAGUUUCUGGAGUUCUGGAUUUCAUACUAAAACAUGAAUAUGAAAAAAAUCAAGCAAUUGUUAUGGCUUGGGACGAAUUUGCUUCCUUAGUGUGCUAUAGACUCUCAGCUUAAUCCUUCCUUUUCAUUAAAUAAAUAUUCCACUAAUGUAGUAAGAGGCUAUGG